UUCCCUUUGGCUGUCUUGCACGGCCAGGCGUGGGUGGAGAAGAGACGGAAAAGCGGAUCGGGUGGGGGGGGGAGCUUGCCUGGGCUCCUCAUCCGCAGAUCUGGGAAGGAAGCAAUUGCAGCAGAAUAGCCUCCCGCCAAAUGGCUCAGACUGCUGAGUGAGAGGCGCGCUCGUGGGUUUGCCCCCCUCCCUCUUUCCCUGCUGAUCUCGCCUCGCGUAAUUGAAGUAGAGAGCGGAGGGCGCAGUAGACGCCUUCAGACAUGGCGGGGACCGAAGGCAUCGCAGCAGAUGCAGUUUCAACAUCUGCCUAUGCAUCUCCAGCAAGAAGUUUAGGAGAUCCAGGAAUCACACCGUUGUCUCCUUCCCACAUUGCGAAGGACUCGGAUGCAAAUGAUGCCGAGGAACAGACGUUUCUUGUUGUGGUGGCCAUUGACUUUGGCACAACUUCGAGUGGUUAUGCUUACAGCUUCACCAAGGAACCUGAAUGUAUUCAUGUAAUGAGGCGAUGGGAAGGAGGAGAUCCUGGUGUGUCCAACCAGAAGACACCAACAACUAUUCUCUUGACCCCAGAACGAAAGUUCCACAGUUUUGGUUAUGCAGCUAGAGAUUUCUAUCAUGACCUAGAUCCUAAUGAAUCAAAACACUGGCUAUAUUUUGAAAAAUUUAAGAUGAAGCUUCAUACAACUGGUAACCUUACUCUAGAAACUGACUUGUCAGCAGCAAAUGGCAAGAAAGUCAAGGCCCUUGAAAUAUUCGCAUAUGCUCUACAGUACUUUAAGGAACAAGCAUUAAAGGAACUGAGUGAUCAAGCUGGGUCAGAGUUUGAAAAUUCUGAUGUGCGAUGGGUCAUCACAGUGCCUGCUAUCUGGAAGCAGCCUGCAAAGCAGUUUAUGAGGCAAGCUGCCUACAAGGCAGGCAUGGCGUCCCCGGAGAUUCCUGAACAACUGAUAAUUGCCUUGGAACCAGAAGCUGCAUCAAUUUAUUGCAGGAAACUCCGCCUUCAUCAGAUGAUAGACCUAAGCAGCAGAGCGCCAGUCAAUGGCUACACUCCAAGUGAAACUAUUGCCUCAGGCUUCACGCCAGCAAAAGAACACAUUCGACGAAAUCGACAGAGCCGCACCUUUUUGGUUGAAAAUGUCAUAGGAGAAAUCUGGUCCGAGCUGGAGGAAGGAGGGCCAUAUGGCUCUUUAGGUGUGGACUAUGAAUUUGAAAAACUUCUGUGCAAAAUAUUUGGUGAAGAUUUUAUUGAACAAUUUAAAAUCAAGAGGCCUGCUGCCUGGGUUGAUCUGAUGAUAGCAUUUGAAUCUCGCAAGAGAGCAGCGGCUCCUGAUCGGACCAAUCCACUGAAUAUCACCCUGCCUUUUUCUUUCAUUGACUACUACAAGAAGUUUCGAGGUCACAGUGUAGAACAUGCCUUAAGGAAAAGCAAUGUGGAUUUUGUGAAGUGGUCCUCUCAAGGAAUGCUGAGAAUGAGUCCUGAUGCAAUGAAUGCCCUCUUCAAACCUACAAUUGACCAAAUUAUAGAGCAUCUCAGUGAUAUUUUUGAAAAACCUGAACUGACAAAUGUAAAGUUCCUGUUUCUUGUGGGUGGAUUUGCAGAAGCCCCACUACUACAACAAGCUGUCCAGAUUGCUUUUGGUUCAAAAUGCCGAAUCAUCAUUCCUCAAGAUGUGGGGCUUACAAUCCUCAAAGGAGCCGUCCUUUUUGGUCUGGAUCCUGCUGUCAUUAAAGUGCGCCGUUCCCCUUUGACCUAUGGGGUGGGGGUCCUGAAUCGCUACGUAGAAGGGAAGCACCCUACUGAAAAGCUGCUAGUUAAAGAUGGCACCCGUUGGUGCACUGAUGUCUUCGACAAAUUUAUCUCGGCUGACCAGUCGGUGGCACUUGGUGAGACCGUGUCCCGCAGCUAUACCCCUGCCAAGCCUUCUCAGCUGGUCAUUGUGAUCAACAUCUACAGCUCAGAACACGAUAAUGUGAAUUUCAUCACUGAAGCUGGAGUGAGGAAGUGUGGCACACUCCGCUUGGAUCUCACUGGAACUGACAAAUCUGUGCCAGGCCGGAGGGAAAUUAAAACGCUAAUGCAGUUUGGAGACACUGAGAUUAAAGCCAUGGCAAUAGAUGUUGCCACUUCUAAAAGUGUAAAAGCUGGUAUUGAUUUCUUAAACUACUGAUUUUUUUUUCUUUUUCUUUUCCAUGGCCCCCACCACUUAUUGUUUCAAUGUUUUGUUCACUGGCUGCCAAAAACAUCCUGAAUUUAGGCUAGAAAGAUAAAGCAUAGAAGAAGAAAAGCAUCAGGAUUUUUAAUUAUUAUUUUUUGCUCUUGAAAUUACCAAUUGAAAAUCUGAACAAGGAGUUACCAGGUGCUACCCAGUAAACAACAUAUUUGAACAACCCAAAUAUGUAAUGAAAAUUAAGCACUGGGAGACAUAUUGCUGUACUUGAUGUCUUUCAUAUGCUCUGAAUUUUAGGGCCUAAUAAUCAAACCUGUUAUUUCUACAUUUAGGGUACCAACUAAUCUACUUUAUUUUUUUGGAGCACUAAAAGUGAAAUUUAUAAUCACGAUUUGUGGCUAUCAGUUUCACAAUAGAAAUAUGUUAAGUCUUCAGCAAUUUUAAAAGUCAGCCUCUCUUAUUUAUUUGAUGAAGUAGGAAUACUGGAAUAUAAACAUGUAAAAAUACAAAUGAACAGCUGCUACAAACCAGGUUUAGAAAUUGGGUCUUUGUAGCAUGAAACUAUUUCUUUAUAGGAUCAAAUGAUGUGUUGGUUUGGUGGGGGUUUGCUUCUGUUCAAUGAAGUUUUAAGUUAGUAAACCUGUUAGAGCUGCAAUCUUAUUAAAGAAAUUGAUCCAAUAGUAACAUUUGGAGGAAGUGCUGAAGCAAGAAGUAUACUUUAUUUAAUUUGUAGAAACACAUUAGAACAUUGUUUUAGGAAAGGAAUUCUUCCUCCCUGUGGAGAGAAGUAGCAUUGCACCUGAAUAAUUUGCCAUUUAUAGUUUUAAAAGCACUCAGUUACAGUGCUCUGUCCAAUUAAUUAACACCAACUUUAAUUUUGCAGCACUGAUGUUUGCAUUUCCCCCUUUUUCAAUAUUGAAUAGGAAUGCUUUCCAAAGAUUAAACCAAUUCUGUAAAUGAGAAAGUGUCCCUCCUUCCCAUUUUACUGUUGGCCAGCCUCUGGCUUUAUUUAUCUAUACCUCUCUUCAGCCAGUUCUUGAACAAAACAAACAAGAGGGUGUGGUAGCAAUAGUUAAACAGAGAUCAUCUCUAUCCUCAGGUUGUAGAAUGAAAGAAUCCAUUUUCAUUGCCUUUCUCAGCCAUGCCAAACAAAGGAAAAACUUCCUGUGUUGAUCCUAGGGAAUGAUAUCUCAUACAAGCGAUAACAUUUUCCUAGGACCAAUUUAAUUAUUUGAUAAAAUAAUUCAUAUAACUCCACAUAAGUUACUCAACAUUUCAUUGAAAAAAAACCUAUUAAAUUUACAACUAUGUACGGCAGAGGUCCCCAACCUUUUGGGCCCCCGAGACCGGUUCUUUGGAGAAAGGGUUUUCCACAGACCGGAGAGUGUGUGGUUUUGUGUGUUGCCUGCAUCCUACAGACUGGUUGUUUGUGCGGACUGGUACGGACCAGAGGUUGGGGACCUCGAUGUAUGUUGUUACAUUGUUUACCAUUCUCUGCAAAAUAACAGCCCUCCCUACAUUUUCCCUUUGAAGUAACUGCAUAAACUGAUAUUGAAAAAGCUGAAUAUUCCUUCUUCUAUUCUGUGACCAAUAGCCUGAUUCCGGAAGAGUAGCUUCUCAGCAGAGGAAAAAGAAAAAAAGAAGUAAUUGAGCAAUGUUAUUUCUGACCAGAAGAGGGAGUACAGACAUUAUAUCUUUGAUCACUUAAAUGGCUUCCAAGGUACACAACAAUACUUUACAUUCAAUGUGAAUGAAGCUUUAACUGACAAACUUAUUAUCCAAGAAGGGAAAAUGAAACAUCAGUCUCAUAUAGAAACUGACUAAAACUCUAGUGCCAUCUUGUCCAAACUGAUGUCAUCCAGUAAUGUUGACCUGUAAAUCCCAGAAUUCCUAGAUAAGAUGUAUAACCAGCAGCCAUGUUGUAUAGGAAUUCUGGAAGUUACAAUGUCAAAACAUCCUGAAAGCACUAUAUUGUGGAAGAUCCCUAGCAACAGGGAGGCUGCCUCUGCUUAGUCUGUCUAAAGCUGUCUAUGCCAUGGACAAAUCUCCUCUGAUACGACUACAGAUGAUUUGAUGAAAAUACACUGCCAGCCUAGUGUGUCUUUCCAGGCUAACUACUUGCAAAUACGAAGAUUGCCUCCAGUUGAGCAUUACAAUUCAGGCCUUGAUAGGUAGCUAAUUCCAACAUGUUGGAUUUGAGGCCAAAUUCAUGACAGAAGGCCUGUUUUGUCAGGUAGAAGCUGACACUUUUUUUCACAACACUGACAAAACAUUGUCAUCCAUCGAAAUCUAUUAUGCUUUCAAGAUGCCUGAAAGCUAAUUGUUUAGCUGGAUCUUUUUCCCUAUUAGCUAUGCAUGAGUGAAAAGCCAUAGAAUCAUUUUCUUCCUCCCCCCCAAAAAAAUCUCAAGAUUCCUUAUUAAGCACUUACAUAAUUUAGGGACCAACUUUGCAUCAUGCAAACAUUUUGAUUUUCUGGGAAGAAUUUAAAGGUCCCUUUGCAUUAUAUCCUAUAAAUAAUAUUUCCUGAUAGAAGAGAAUAAGCUUUGAUUUACUAUCAGAGGAAUAGAUUGGGUCAUUUUAAUUACAGCAUCUUAUUCCUCCAGUAAUUAUUCUCCUGGAAUAAUUAUAAAGUAUGCAUGCUGGCAUUUCUUCUUUUAUUCUGACUGCUGUGUUUUUAAAAGCCUCCCCCAUGAGUGACUGAAUGCCUUUCUGUAGCUUUCAAAUAAGCAACUCCAUUGGAAUGAGCUAUGAACAAAAAUUAUUUGAUGUAUAUACAAUAUUUAAAUAUUGUACAGAUGUUUUCUUCCUGAAAGUAGUAUUUUCUUGUACAGAAUGAUCUUUAUCCCUGUUGAUUUGCAUCAGUGUUUAAUUUUAAAUAAUAUAGCUUCUGCCGUGACUUCAGUAAUUACAGGCUUUUAAAGAUGACAAGGGAUUUAAUGCACAAAGAUGAUCUUAUAAUAAGGGGAGUGGAGUGUCAGGAUGUCAGACAGUACCACAUUAUUCUCCGUGCUACGCAAAUAAUAGCUUGCAGACUGCCGGAUUUUUCAUUCUUUUUGCUUUAACAGGUAUAGGCUGCCUUAAUGCUCUGCAUCUGUGCUCUGCUUUGGAUAAUACCUACUCUAUAGAAAGUAGAUGAUCAGUUACCGCAUUAUCACACCAAAUGAACUCCUGUUUCAAGGCAUACGUUUUAUUUUAAUUACGUCUCUUCUGCAAGACAAAACUGAACCAAAAUGAAGCAUCAGAAAAGAAGGAGCUCUGGUAAUGGCAGAUGAGUUGAAGUUCGUACAGGCCUUGUACCAUCCUCUGACUGCAGACCACAUAUCAAGUCAGGAAUCGGCUCAAUAUAAAAUCACACAUUGGAGGCUUCAGUGCCUGGAUAAGCAAUAGAUCAGUUUGUCAACCAUGGCAAGUUUACAAUGGGUGGACUUCAAUUCCCAUGCUUGCUGAGAAAUUCUGGGUGUUGAAGUCCACCUGACAUAAACUUGCCAAGGUUGAGAAACGCUGCAAUAUACCAAUGGUACAUUUUCUGUAUUAACGAAAUCUAUAUCCAAAAUUGUGGAACAGAGUUGUUGACAGAAUCACAGGAUCCCAUUGUAAGACUACAGCUUCAUAUUUUUUUUUCCUAGUCCCAUGACUACCUUGGAUUACUGUUAUUGCAUUUUUACUUGCUACGUUGUCAUAACUUCAAUAGAGUGCAGUUUUAAGGCUUAGAAUCAACAUAACAAGGGCAGAAAUAAUUAAAAAGUGCGACAAAGCAAGAUUUGUUUGCUGUUCAAUACUGUGGCUUGAAAAGUCACAUUAACUUUCAUGAACGAUUUUUUGAAGCUGCAACACCUUUUUUUCAGGUGAAAAGGUCAGACUACGAGCAAUAGCAAAAAAAAUGGCACUGGCAGGAGAUGUGAAACAUUUCCUUUUCAAAAUACAAACCCCUCACAUAAUGGAGAUACAAAUUUUAACCCAAAACUGCACUUCAGAAAUAAGCCUCCAAAUGAGCAGGGGGUUUACUCCCCGGAAAUGGGUUUAUGAACUUCAGUACUUAUAACUUAUAUCAGAAAAACUGGAUGCAAGUAAUUUCCAUCAGGUUUAUUGCAGGAAAGAACAUGUUAGGGAUGUUUAAGUUAUCGGUACUUUUCCCCUCAAACUCUUGAAUUAAUUGUCAGCUUGUGUGAGGAAUAUACUUUCCAACAUUUCUGCAAAUUUCAGUCACUUCAGAUCCUUUAUAUUCUUGCUUAUUCAUUUCUUUCUUUGCACAAAUGCCAUCUGGUUCUAACUAAGGAAGGCUGGUUAGAAUCAGUUCCCAAUCUGAAUUGCUUUUUAAAGCCAUAGGUUAAUCAAUCCACUUUUAACAAUUUCCCCUUUUUCCAUAGUGAACCAAAUUCAAAAUGGAUUCCUGCAACCCCCCUUUCUAGCUUAUAUUUAUUGAAGUAUCAUUUAAUUUUACCUUAUUUUUAAUGGGUUAUAUUUCUGAUACAGAAAGGUUGAUAGGAGCAAGAUUUAUUUUUGUAAUUUUUUAUUUUCCCUAAACAAAAGUCAUGCAUAGCAAGCAUCUAUACUUCUCUCUGUCUUCAUGAAUCAAGCUAUUAACAAACUAGCUACUAUUCGAGGUCCAAAAUACUAUAUUCCUGCAUUAUUGAGAAUCCACAGAGUGUUAACGUGUCUAGCUUGUGAGAGGCCAGAGGUCCUUUAAUUUCUGCAAAAAGAUUUGUUCCUUUUUAAAAAGUGGAUUACAAUAAUCUUAACGUUAACCAGUUGCUUAGCAGUGCAGAGCUUACAUGAAAAUACUGCCUUUGGAUGGAGACAUGUAAGAAUCUGAUCUGAUUAAUGCCUCAAUGUGCUUUGUUUUGUAUGCCUGCAGCCAAUGAAGGGAGAUAACUCAUGGAGGGCUGCUAUGCUUGCGAAAUAUAUAGUGUAGCCAACAAACCACUUCAGUUAUAAUCCUGCCAACAGAAGUACAAAUAUAUUAGCUGAUUUGCUCUUAUGGGGCUUCUGCUACUUUUAGUUAUAUAUAUAAAGCUUUCAACAAUUUACACACACACACACACAGAAUGCCACUGAAUAAGACUGAGGUUUUUGGAAAAUAUUUUUCCUUCCUGCUGUCAACUCUGCCCCAAACAGCAUAAUUUUGCUUGGUGUUCUCUGCCACUCAGGUUCCACUCCCCACCCCUGCUUCCUAAAAUAAUAGUGGAAAUAGGAUAGAUGUUUAAUGGAACAGUUUAGAAAUAGAAUGUGUAAUGAUGUGACAACUUCAGGUUUUAUUAUGAAGCACUAUGUUACAUUUAAAAUAAAUGGUAAAUAAAUGCUUGCUUAUAGGUAGAAUUUAUCCUAAGUUGGUAGAAACUAUCAAAAUGUGAGUAAGAAGCUAAAGUUUCCAUAAAUUACAAGUUAUAUCUAUUAUCUGCUAGUUGCUCGCAAAUGGGCCAACUAGGUUGAUUAGGUGUGAAAAGACAGGUUCAAGUCCACUCUCAGCUACAGAAAUGUAUUGGGUGACUUUGGGCCAAAGGCUUUCUCAUCGCCCAGCUGAUCUCAUGGAGUUGUCAGGAGGGAGAAAAAUGAAGGAGGAGGUCUAAGUGCACCACUGAGUUCCUGGAAAAAAAGGCAGGAUAUAAGAGAAAUAGAUAAAUGAAGUUAUUCAGUGAAGUAAUCUAGUAAAAAAGUUGUAAAAGGAAAGCUUGGUCUACUGAUACAAUCUUCACCCUGAGCAGCAACAUUACAUUCUGCUUUCGUAGAAGUUUCUGCUUGGGCAAAAUCUUAAGAAUUCUGGAAACUAGAAAUCUUGUCAAUCAAAUCUGGGCUUGCUAAAAGAUCUCAACCAUUUCUCUGCAUUCUGUUUUUGAAUAAACAAAUUUAUUAAUAUUACAAGAUCUACUUUUCAAACAAAGGUCAUGUACUUAUUAUAGCAAAUUGCAAUACUUAUGAGAAAAAAAGGUAUGUUUUGUGUAGGUUGUGGGACAUAAGACCAAUCUAUACAUCUAUGCUUGGAUAACUUCUAAAACAGAUUAUAAAAACAAUCUGGUUGGUGUGAUUUUAUUGACUGCCUUCCUUGUUCCAGAUUCUUUAAACACCACUAAAUUCUGACGAUUACAGCUUGUUACAUUUAUAUCUGAAAACACUGCUGUUUAAAAUUUCAAAUAAAUUAGUAAAUUAU